UAUUAUACUCUUUGCGGCAAGUUCAUGGUACAGCAUGGGUUUGUUUAUUUACUAUAAUUUAGUUAAAUUCGUUCCAAAUAUAUUAUAAAUAAAUUACUCAGAAAAAUAAAUAAUUCAGUUGAGUUAACAUGGGCAAGAAGAAAAAUAAAAACAAAGUAAGUGGGGCUGUUAAAACUGCCGCAAAAACAGAAAAAAAGCUGGCAAAUAAACUAAAAAAAGAACUUGCUACUUUAGGAGAGGAAGAUAUAACUAAAGUUAUUGCGGAAAUUGAAAGAGAAGAAGCUAAGAGAUCUGCAGCUGUUGAGAAGACUUUGCCUGGCCCACCAUCAGCUAGAGCAUAUGCAACACUUACCCCUCAUCCUAUCGACAAUGAACUCAUCCUGUUUGGUGGUGAAUACCAUAAUGGAAAGCAGACUGAAGUUUAUAAUGACUUACUGUUCUACAACCCGGUGACCAAUGUGUGGAAACAAGUGAAGGCUCCUGGAGCUCCACCGCCUCGCAGUGCUCACCAGACUGUCGCCACACAAGCAAAUAAGGGAGAGAUCUGGGUGUUUGGUGGUGAAUUCACAAGUCCAUCGGAGACCCAAUUUUACCACUACAAGGAUCUCUGGUGCUUCUCGCUUGCUAACAAAAAAUGGGAGAAAGUUGUAUCCCCGAAUGGGCCGUCCCCACGCUCCGGUCAUCGCAUGGUCCUGCUCGCAAGAAAGCUGUACAUAUUUGGUGGUUACGCGGACGAUGGCCGCGAUUGUCGCUACUUCGAUGAUCUGUACUCCUUCUGCCUGGACACCCGAGAGUGGCAGAAACUGAACCCGAGCGGUAGAGGGCCAUCGGCGCGCUCCGCAUGCGUCAUGAUGCCUUUUGGCAAUGAUUCGAUAGUGAUAACGGGUGGAUUCAGUCGAGUGCGCUCGGGCCGCACGGAACGCACGUCCACGCACACGGACACGUUCCGCGCCACGCGGACAGCCGGCGGGUGGGCGUGGCGAGCGACGGGGGGCGGGGCCUGCGCGCGCGCCGGGCUCGCGUGCGCCGUCAACGUGCACACCGACCGCGGCUACGUGUUCGGAGGCGUCGCUGAUACAAUGGAGACAGAGGAGGAACUGCAGGGAGAGCUGAGUGACGAACUGCAGGUGGUGGAUCUGGCCACGUGUCGCUGGCACCCGCUCGUCCUCAAACAUGAGCGACCGCCACCGGAUGCGGAAAUGACACCCACUCCGCAGCCAACGGCUGAAGACGUCACAGUGAUAUCAGACGACGUGUUCACAAUGAAGUUGGGCAGUGCGCCGGCGCCGGCCACAGCGAGCCUGUCCGUUGCCGCGCCGGUGCGGGCACGGUCCGGGCCCGGUGCUCGCAUGUCUGCCAUGCUAGCCGUGCAACGCUCCAUGCUGUACGUGUACGGCGGCGUACUGGAGAAGGACGACAAGCAGUUCUACCUCAGCGACUUGUACAGCCUGGAUCUACACAAACUUGUCGAUUGGAGAACCGUAAUAGCACAACCGAAGCUUCCCGACUGGUUCGGCUCUGAUUCCGAAGACGAUGCAUCGGGAUCCGAGAGCGAGACAGACGAUAGCGAAGACGAAGAAUAGGCGACGGACAGAAAUCUGCAUUUAAUGUUAUUGUGACAACAGAUUUUGACAAUAACAAAAUGGCUGCGUAUUUCUCAAUUUGAUGUCAAACUGCUGAAAGCAAUUGAUGUAUUUUUUUAAUUAAUAAUAUUAGUAAAAUGCUUAUUAAUUACUUCUAGUAGAAUUGUAGUAUAUGGUCACAUUAUUACUGGUCCUCGCUGGAGCGUGAACUCCCCUCCAGUUCCCCUUUCACCCCCUCGCGCUCGUCCUGUUGCAUCAGUACGGUUACUGCACGUCAUAUUUUCGUGCUUUCACUUCUUUGUUUUUCAUGUUUCCAUUUUGACAGUUGUUGUUAAUAGUUCUGUAGUUUCUGUUAUUCUGUGUCGCUAUAAUAGUACUGCCAGAAUUUAUUUGCUUAACGUAACUUUCAUUGAUUUUUCAUCAUUAUUAUUAUUAUAAUCAGUAUCAGAACACAAUACCUUUACAUCAAUCUAUAAUAUUGGAAAAAUCAUUCUUUUUUUAUUCAUUUAUUCGUAAUAAUAAUAUCCUAGUGACACUAAUUAUUUUGCACACCGUACCAAAGCGAUGAUGUGACGUCAGGUGCGGAGAUAAUGUAACCGGGUAGUAGAUAAAUGGUUAUAAGAUCUAACUAGUAACCUAAUUAAGUAUAAAACCUUAGAUUAAGGAUUGGUCUCCGCUGCGCUCUAACUAGAUACCGCGGGCGUAGUCGCAAAGUGCGGCAACUUGUACUACGCCCAAGUGGUUGUACUCGAGCCAGUCUCGAACAAUGUGUGACGUGCCACAUGUUCUGUUAAACUUUGCUAAUGAUUGAAACUAAAAUACCGUGUGGCGUAAAAACAAUACUACAAGAAAUAAGAAAGACACUGGGAUCACCUAUCAUCAGUAAGUAUUUUGUGUUUUAUUAAUUUCAAUUUAAAAUAACACGAACCGUGUAUUAGUUACAAAAUUUGAAAGAUGCCAUUGAGUGUCAAGACGCACACAAGCAUCUAAUUCUUAGGUAGUGUCGGUAUCUAGUUGGAGCGCAGCGGAGACAAAUCCUUAAUCUAAGUGUAAAACAUUUAAAUCUUUUAGAGAAAUACGGACGGUUAGUGUGUAGGUACUGAAACCAAAGUGCGGACAAUCUACCACAGGAUCCGAGAAUUGACAUCUGUCAAUCUAUCAUCUGAUAGUGUCAAACUCGAAUAAACUUUUUAGGCUUAGGCCCUCUUUCACCACAUUCAUGUAAACUAUCAAGUAAGCUAAUCACUGAGUAAAUUCAAUAGUAACAUAACAUGCGAAUUUCACGACCUUAAAGUAACACUUAUAUUAAGAUUAACUGUCCCGUAACUAACUUGCUACAUCUUCUGCAAAUUAGCACGGUUACCUGACAGUUGCAUGAUAUUAUGUGCCUACUAUUAUUAUCAUUUGUAGUUUUGUGCAUCUUUUCAGAGGUAGCAUAAAAAUAAAUUAUUAGAUAUGGAUUUAUUCGAUUUCAUUGAUCAUCAAUUGGACGAGUUAAGAUUAUUCUUCCAUGGAACAAAUACCAAGUAUGCGUAAGUAUAUUUAAAUUCCAAGAUAUCACAAUAUAUUUCUAUUUAAUAAUACCAAAAUAUCCCUCUCGUGUAAAGUAUGCACUUCUCUCUUAAUUUUAUCCAUAAUAAUGAUAUUCACACAAGUAACCACUAAAUGACAAAAACUGUAUUAUACUAUUUCCAGAUGCUUUCUAGUUUCAAAGGUAAACAAGCAUCUGGCGCUAAACAGUGUAAUGAACGCUCAACAUUUGACAAAAUCAUAAAUGACAAUCUGCAAUGACGUUUGACAUGUGAUAUUUGACGUAAAAUUGAACGAGUAUGACGUGUGAUAGAUUCAUUACUCACUUAACAUAGCUUGCAAUUAACGUUAAUUGAGAAGUUACUAAUCACAGCUUUACUUGGUCAGUGUGAACGAGGCCCUUAAACUAAGCGCUUUUGAAUAGUCACUAUAAAUAUUAAUUUUAAAUUACUGAAUUUACCAUACGAUCGUAAAAAGUUGAACUCGUUAGAAGAACAUAUAAGAAACUCAACGGCCAUUCCUUUCAAUCAAAUAGAGUAUUUAACAAUGGCUGUAAUAUACAUAACAAAAUAGUUUGUAAGUUGCUGCGUCCAAUAUAUGAAUCGUGUUUAAAUAAUAUAUAUUAUUUAAUAAAUAGUGAUAAAGAAUAAACCGUAUAAAUAUAAAUUAUCGUAUAUUGGAUGCAUCAACCUUUAGAGCUUGCAUUCAUUGUUUAAGGAUGCUUCGUGAACAUGAUGGUCGUGAUUACUGUCACAAUUAGUAAUCGCAUCUAACAGCUACACUGAUUUAUUAACUAUAGAAGGUCGACCUGCCGCCGUACAUUAAUGUGGUAAGAUUUAAUUUAAUAAAUGAUUAUUAAUUAUAAUUAUUUACGAAGGUGUUUUUAAGUGAAACUUUUGUAUGGAAUUGUGUCUGUUGAUUAAUUAUUGUUUGUGGUAAGAAAGUAAAACAUACUAUUUGUAAAUGAAUCGGUUUCAACCAGUUAUGUCUCUAUACUAGCUUGCACAUAGAGCAAUCUAUAACAAAUAUAUGUCAAAAUAUAAAUCUUAGAUUAUUUAUACGUCUAUAUAGACUAUGACAGUUUGUGAAAGCGUCGAAACCUGCUGUUAACCUCUAUUUUGAGCAAUACACGCACGCUAAUACAAAGUGACAUACAAAUCGCGAGUGUAAGAGGCUUGUCACGCACACUAAUGUAAUAAACUUGACCUGUUUUCAUCGAGACGACGUAUAAAUUAUCUAAGAUACAUAUAAAAAUUCAUCAGUUUAUUAAUUGCGUUCUUUCGUAGAACACAGGUAACGCAAAUGUGUAUUAUAUUAAAAAAAAGUAAAUAUUUAAGAAUAUAUUUUCAUUUAAAAACAUAUUUUACAAUAAAAUAGUUUACAAUAUUUUAUAAGCAAAAUUGGUGUUAAAUAAAAGUACCUAUAAGACG